ACCCAAGCGGAUUAACGUCGAACACUUGAACUGCAAACUUCAUCCUCGUUCUUUCCGCUUAUUCUCUUCAAUGGGUUCCCUCUCUCUCUUCGACGAACCUCUUCACUAUCCUUCUAUCCGCCGUGACGAAUCCCUUGUCGAUACCUACCAUGGUGUCCCUGUUCCUGAUCCUUAUCGAUGGCUUGAAGAUCCAGAUUCUGAAGAGGUGAAAGAAUUUGUGAAAAAGCAGGUGGAUUUGACUGAAUCUGUGCUUAAGAAGUGUGAGACGAGGGAAAAACUUCAUGAUAAGCUUACCAAGUUCUAUGACUAUCCUAAGUAUGGUGCUCCGUUUAGAGAAGCUGAUAAAUAUUUUUACUUUCAUAAUUCUGGACUUCAACCACAGAAAGUCCUCUACAUGCAGGUAUGAUAUGAUGAUACUGUAGAUUAGAUAUCUUGUGGAAGUUAACUUAGAUACGGUGGUAAACUGAUUGCUUAUAGCUUCAUUUGAGUAAUACGUGAUUAGCAAAAUUGAUCUAAUGCAUGUUUAUUAGUAGUUUACUACGUUAUAACAGGGAAUAAAAAUCCGACAUUUCUAUGGAUAGGGUAGUUUCACUAGAAACUUAUUUGUCAAGUAAGUUCUCUUGACCUUCUAUCUUGUUGGUGUCAAAAAAGUCUAAAUGCCGCUUUUAGUAAAAUAAAUUCACAUGUUUAGUGAUAGUCGAUCCUUCUUUUUCAUGGAAGAGAUGCACUCUCCUUUUGGUCCAGUUUACAUCUCUAUUUUUUAACUGUAAGUUACCAUGGGUUUCCAAUUUUACCGUUAACCAUACAAAUGGGCGUGAUUGGAUUUUAGUAUGGGUGAAACAGGAUGAUAUACAUAUACUUGAAGGCCGUUAUUACAAAGGAUAGUUUGGAUGGAGAGGCAGAGGUUUUGCUUGAUCCGAAUGGACUAAGUGAUGACGGAACAGUGGCAUUGAGUACGUAUGCUGUUAGUGAGGAUGCUAAGUAUUUGGCAUAUGCUCUUAGUUCAAGUGGAAGUGAUUGGGUCACCGUCAAAGUAAUGCGGAUCGAGGACAAGAAAGUUGAGCCUGAUACUUUGUCAUGGGUCAAAUUUUCGGGUAUUAGUUGGACAAAUGAUAGCAAAGGUUUCUUCUAUAGCCGCUACCCAGCUCCGAAGGAAGGAGAAAAUUUGGAUGCUGGAACAGAGACAAACACGAAUCUUGAUCAUCAGCUUUACUAUCAUUUCUUGGGUACAGAUCAAUCCGAGGAUAUUUUAUGUUGGGAAAACCCUGAUAAUCCACAGUACACACUUGGAGCCUCUGUAACAGAGGAUGGGAAGUUUGUUCUUCUUUAUAUUAAUGAAGGCUGUGAUCCUGUCAACAAAUUUUAUUACUGUGAUAUCUCUACUCUGCCUGGUGGGAUUCAAGGGUGUAAAGAAAAGAAAUGCCUUCCUUUUAUUAAGCUUAUUGACAAUUUUGAAGCAAUGUAUCAAGCUAUUGCAAAUGAUGACACUGUUUUCACCUUUCUGACGAAUAAAGAUGCUCCAAAGUACAAGCUGGUUCGAGUAGAUCUGAAGGAACCAAACGUAUGGACUGAGGUCAUUCCGCAAGCUGAAAGUGAUGUGCUUGAAUCAGCUGUUGCUGUCAAUGGAAAUCAAAUCAUAGUGAGUUAUUUGAGUGACUGCAAACACGACUUGCAGUUGAGGGAUUUACAAAGUGGUUCCCUUUUGCAUCAUUUGCCCAUCAGCAUCGGCAGUGUAGAUGAUGUUAGUGCACGCCGGAAAGAUAGCUUACUUUUUAUUGCCUUCACGAGCUUCCUCACUCCUGGUGUCAUAUACCAGUGCAAUUUAGAAAGUGGGGUUCCAGAUUUGAAGAUAUUUCGUGAAAUUGUGGUUCCUGGAUUUAAUCAGACAGAGUUUCAUGUCAGUCAGGUGUUCGUUCCUAGUAAAGAUGGUACUCGGAUACCAAUGUUCAUCGUGGCCAGAAAGGAUAUAGUUCUGGAUGGAUCGCAUCCAUGCUUAUUAUAUGGAUAUGGUGGAUUUAAUAUUAGUCUAACACCAUAUUUUAGUGUCAGUCGUAUUGUACUAAUGAGGCACUUAGGUGUAGCCUUCUGCCUGGCUAACAUUCGCGGUGGUGGAGAAUAUGGAGAAGAAUGGCAUAAAGACGGUUCUCUUGCAAAGAAGCAGAAUUGCUUUGAUGACUUCAUUUCUAGUGCUGAAUAUCUUGUGUCUUCCGGUUACACCCAGCCAAGAAAGUUGGCAAUCGAAGGCGGAAGCAAUGGUGGGCUCCUAGUUGGGGCUUGCAUUAAUCAGAGGCCUGACCUCUUCGGUUGUGCACUUGCCCAUGUUGGUGUCAUGGACAUGCUUAGGUUUCACAAGUUUACAAUCGGUCAUGCAUGGACUUCCGACUAUGGCUGUUCGGAUAAGGAAGAAGAAUUCCAUUGGUUAAUCAAGUAUUCGCCACUGCAUAAUGUCAGGAGACCAUGGGAGUAUUCUACUGAUAAUUCUCAUCAGUAUCCUCCCACCUUGUUGUUGACAGCCGAUCAUGAUGACAGGGUUGUGCCCUUGCACACUUUGAAAUUACUGGCGACCAUGCAAUAUGUGCUGUGCACAAGCUUGGAGAAUAGUCCACAGACCAACCCAAUUCUUGGCAGAAUCGACUGCAAGGCUGGCCAUGGAUCUGGACGCCCCACAAAGAAAGUGAUUGACGAAUGGGCAGAUUCAUAUAGUUUCAUGGCUAAGGUGGUUGGUGCAACCUGGAUUGAUUAAUCGCCUUUGAUCCAUGAAAAAAGGUAUUUCCAGCCACACUAUCCACAAUCGAUCAAAACCUUCACUGUCUGACUUCACACUCUAGAUCUUUGUCUCAAUGGAGUUCUUGAUCUUAUUCAUUUUAAUUUUCUGGUUAGACCUAUUCAUUUUUUUCCUUCCGGAAAUUGGUUAAUGAUUAUUUGCAUAUAAAAGAACCAACUCGCAAAGACAUAUGGCU